AUGUAUCCAUCCAUGUCUUCCCCGAAUUCGAGAAAACGGGCUGCCCCGGGGGCAUCCCCCGUCGUACCGAUACAGCAAAUGCAGCAGCCCUCAUACCCCACCGCGCAGCCGGACCAAGGAUUGCGGUGGGAUGGCGGAGCCGUUGGAAGCGAUUUUGUGGAUGCUGGAUCGAGGAGUGUGAACCCGUACGGCAUCAUUUCCACCCCAGCCCAAUAUGGACAAGGCAUUCCGGCAGCUCCUUCUACCGCGCUUGCACGACGGGGCAUGGGCCAAAUGAGCCAGGCACUGGUCCCCACGACCCCGAGGCAGGCAUUUGAUCCCAAUUCGGGAACUUGGAACAGCUUUGGCGACGAAUCAUUCUUGCAGCCGCCAAACCCCAUGGAUGACAAUGACAAUAUCGAGCUACUUGAGGAGCGUGCAGCGCGAGCUAAGAGGGACGCGCAGGCAAAGCGCAAGCAGAUCCCUCCCUUCGUUCAGAAGCUCAGCAGCUUCCUCGACGAGUCCAAGAACACAGAAUUGAUCCGCUGGUCUGAUAAAGGCGACUCGUUCGUUGUCCUUGACGAAGACGAGUUUGCAAAGACGUUGAUUCCAGAACUCUUCAAACACAACAACUAUGCGUCUUUCGUGCGGCAGCUGAACAUGUAUGGCUUCCAUAAGCGCGUCGGUUUGUCAGACAACUCGAUGAAGGCGAGCGAGAGGAAGAACAAGAGUCCGAGCGAGUAUUACAAUCCAUAUUUCAAGCGCGGCCAUCCAAACCUUCUAUGGCUCAUCAACAAGCCAAAAAGCGGCGGCAGUAAGAAGAAGGGCGCCAAGAAGGAAGAUGGCGACAUGGACAGCGAGGAUGAUGGGGCGGUCGAGGAGACCCUCUCUGCCCAGCAGCCCUUCAUUACCACCAAUGUUGGGAACAGAGGCGCUGGCAUUAGCGAGGUCGGGCCGCUGCAGAAGAAAGAUCUCGUACAGGUCAAAUCUCAGAUCGACAAGCUUCAACAACAGCAGCUCGCCAUCUCACAGCUAAUCGAGAGAUUGCGUCGAGACCACAACCAGCUGGUUACCCAGGCGAUUAUGUUCCAGAGCAUGCAUGAGCGUCACGAGAACUCGAUCAAUGCCAUCCUCAACUUCCUAGCCAAUGUGUUUCGAAAAUCGUUGGAAGAGCAAGGCGGCGCCCAGAGCGUCUCGGAUCUUCUUGCGAGCAUCAUCCCCGGCGCACAGAUGCCGCAGGGCAGUGUCGUGGACCUCGACGAUUUUGUCAAACGACAAGCUCCCGACCCGGCCACGGCGAGCACUCCAAAGAGGCAGCCGCGGCUGCUUCCGCCCAUCCCGAAUCAAGCCAAGGCUAUGAAUGCGGCAGCUUCUCAUGCGCCGCAGGCGCCGUAUCAAGCUGCGCAGCCGAUGGGUUCUAUCACAGAGCUUUUCGACACGUCGCCGUCUGAUACGACCUCACCAGCGUACCUUCACAACGAGCUUCGAACAAAUCCCCAGGAAGGCAUGAUGAAGAUUAUUCAAGACACAAACGCGGGCGGCACAUCCGGAAUUGACCUUCCGAACGUGGCGGCCAAGACGCCAGUCACCAUGAGCCACGAACAGCGCAGCAAGAUGCUGAAUAUCAUGGCAGGCCAGUCUUCGUCGGACUCAUCUUCGGUCCCAGCCACAGCCGGCGCCCCUCCGCUUCGCCCCUCCUCUUCACCAAUACCACCACCUCACGCAUCGUCGUCAAGGAGCCCCAACAUGGGCCUAUCCCCUAUCUUCCCCUCCAUACAACCUCCUUCUCUCUACGAAAUCCGCCAAACGCAAGCCGAAAUGGAGGCCUUGCAACAACUGCAGAGCGACCAGGCUGCGAAGCUCGACGAACUAUCCUCUAUCCUCGGCCCCUUGAGUCCCUCGGGGCGUAUUCCUGGCGUCGAUGAAUCUGGAAACCAGACAGGCUACUUCGACAACAUCGACUACGACCAGUACCUGGACCCGGUUGCCUUGGACGACCUACACUACGACGGAAAUGACUUUCCCGGAGGAGGUGUUUCGACGGGCAAUAUAGACGGCAACGAUUUCAACUUCAGCCUGGACGGGCCGAACGACGUCGCGACGGCCAGUGCCCCUCACCUAGCCACCAGCGGUGGAUUAAAAUCCGAGGGCGUGCCCGAGAGUGCGCCCGGAAAGGAUACGCCAAGUCCAGCAGGCACUGAAGAGAUAUUGCGCAACGACCUCGAUACGCCCGAGCGCAAUUCGAAGCGCCGCCGCCAGUUCUGA